AUGGACGCCGAGUGCGUCCACCCACACUUGGUGCUGCCAAUGGAGAUGCCCCAAUCUGACAAGGGGUGGUCUCGCGUGAAGCUCACUGACGACCGGGCGACGUUGGUACUGGAGAAGAUGAAUGCCGACCUGAAGCCGGGCAACGCAAAGGCAGCAAAGGUGACAGGGGCCAUCCUCCUGAGAGAAUUCCUGAUGUUGCGCGUGGCCCCGCUUCAGGCGCGUAUGCGCCCCUUGUGGAGGCUUGGGGAUGAAGAAGACAAGGUUCCCCUGAGCCCGGAAGCCUUGCUUGACGAAGAGCUGGUUGCGGCUCUCCGCCUCCUGGUCGGGGACGACCAAGAAUACCCGCCGAGCGUCUUUGUUCCCUUGUUCCGCCGCAAGGACGGGGAGCAGCGCCCCCCUGCGGUCUCAGCUGCGACGGUGCCGGUGGAGGUGUCUUCUGACGACUCUCGCGAGGAGGACGAGGACGAGGACGAGGAGCGCGACUCAGAGGCGACCCCCGAGGGGAUGGGGGGGACCUCCCCUUUGAGCAAGGCUGACAUCCUCUACACCCUUCCUGACGACGACGAGGCCGAUGCCCCUCAAGAGAAGGGAGGGCCGCCCGCUGGGAGGCUCUCGGGCUUCAGGCUUAGCAAGCGGAGGGUGGACUACACCGCAGUUGACCAGCCGACGCCUGCGGCGAAGAAGAGGAAGGAGGAGGCGGUGGUGCUGCUCGGGACCAACCCGCCUGCUCCGGCUGCAUCUCCCUCCGUGGAGAAGGGCAGCGUUGGUGCUCAUAUCUCUCCAGCUCGGUCGUCCUCGCGAGGCCUGGGGGAGAAUCCUCUGGAGGAGCCAGCCCCCGUAGCCCCGCUGGCUCCGGAGGCACCGGUGUCCGGCUCGGCUGCUGAGAUCUCCAAGGCUCAGGAGACCCCAGUCUCCCAGGCUAUGGUGACGGUACCUUCUCAUCCUCCUCCCGCUGCACCGCUGAUUCCAGGCCCUUCUGCCUCCCCUGUCGUCUUGGAGCGCGCUCUUCUUGAGAUCACCCGGCUGCGAGAAGAUCUUCAGGGUGCCGACCCCCUCCUGGUGGCCGGGGGCCUGGAGCUAGUCUUUGGCUGGCUCCAUUCCGACGUGUCUGAGAAGCAGGCCGCCGCCCAAGCAGCGGCUGCUUGCGUGGCGGCGCUGAAGGACGUCGAGGCCGCCCAGGAUCACUGCCGGGCGCUGGAGGCCGAGCUGAAGACCCUGCGCAGCGAGUGUGCGGAAGAAGCCCGUAGCCGCAAGGCGGAGGAGGAGAAGAUGAAGGCUCGGGAAAAUGCCAUCAAGGGUCGCGACGCCGGGCUGGAGCAGUCGGCGAAGGUGCAGGCCACUGAGCGCGGCCAGCUGGAGGAGCUGGAGUGGAAGGUGGGGGCGGAGAAGGCCGAACUUGACGCUAAGGCGAAGGUUCUGGCCGAGGACCGUGCGGCCUUCGCGCUGCUCGAGGAGAGCCCCAUCAUCUGCACCUCCCGCGCGCCCGCCGGCUCGCCGUCGCCGCACCUGUCCCGCUCGCUGGGGGCCGGGUCCUCUGCUGCGUGCCGUCCCGCGGCCUGGAAUCCGCACUUCAGCGGGCCAACCUUGUGCCCGAGCCGCACCCGCCCACGGCGCAGGCCCCGUCGCCCUCCGGCUCCGGCCGCCCCGACGGCCGUGCUGCUCCUCCUCGCACCGGCCUCCCGCGCGCCCGAGGCUCCGGCCGGCCUCGCCGCGCCCGGCUCGCCUCCCGCGUGCAUCUCCGCUCAUGGCCCGGCCGCCUGCGUCGCUGCGGUGUCGGCUUCCCAUGUGUGCGGCUCCCGCGCGCCCACCAGCCGGGUUGCCACCCCCUGCCGGCGUCCGCCUCCGCACCCGGCCGCCCUCGCGCGCCCGCUGCUGCCCUGCCUCCGCCGGGUUCCCAAGCCGCCGGCCUCCGCCUCCUCUGUGCACCCGGCCAGGGUCGGCCGCAAGCCUCCCACGCCGGCUACAGCCUCGCCUCCUCCGGCCGGCUCCUGCAUCCCCUCCGCCUGGCCCCGCCGUCCGGUUCCCCGGCGGGCUCCUCCUCUGGCCGGCUUCGCCCGCCCGCCUGCUGGCACGUCUGCGCCCCCGUCGCCGAUUUCCCGCAACGCCGGCCUCCCGCGUCGCCGCCGCCUUCGUCCACUCACGCCACGCACGCGCAUCCCUCCGCCGCCUUGUGCCGGCCCGACCGCCUGCCGCCCGCGCCGGCUCCCCUCGCUCACCGCCUGCCGCCCGCGCCGGCUCCCCUCGCUCACCGCCUGCCGCCCGCGCCGGCUCCCCUCGCUCACCGCCUGUCGGUUCCCCCCCCCCCCAACACGGACGACCGGCUCCGCCGCCUGCCGUCUCUGCCGCAACCCGGCUGCCGGCUUCGCCACGACCCGGCCGCCGACUGUCGCCGUCCCGCUCCUGCCGACUGGAGAAAAAGAAAGGGCCGACUGCCCCACACGACAAGCAAAAACAAAAAAAAGGGGGGAGGGGGGCGGGUGA